AUGGCCAGUCCUGCAGUUCCAUCGACCUCCAGCCCCGCCCACGAGAGCUUAGUAGACGAGGCUAGUAACCGUGCCUUUACUAGCCAUCGCUCAGCUGAGGAACAUAAUGAUGAAUAUCCUUGCCCCUGGAGAACAUCGCUUUACUACGACGAGGAAUGUUCCAGAUACUUCGACUGCCCUUCGCAUGGCAUCGAGCGACGACUUUCAGUGGACGAACAGCCCGCCAGCGCGGAUAUCGAACCUAGAAAUCACAGCGGCGUUCAUGCUGGAUCUACCGAAACUGGAGGUGCCAGGUUAGCGAGCAGCGAAAGGCCGCCGCGUGAACGGUCUGCUCUGGGUUCCGGAAGUCAUCAGCACCAAGACAGCACCAGUGCCGCCCCUUCUCGAUUGAACAUGGAACUUAGUGGACUCAGCAGCUCAGCGCCGACGGCGAGUCUUCUCCACGUUGGUGCAGAAUUCGGGGAGCCCAGUGGAAGUCAAACUGGGGUGGCUCAUGAUGCGAACGCAUCAUUAGCCUCACAACACAUACCCAGGGAUCACAGCGGAGAACAUGGUCAGGGCCAUUCAGAUCUUGACAGAUUUCGAGCGCUCGAUAUAAAUGCAGUCCUUAAUAUGCCAUUGCCGGAAACCCAGCGGGGCGAGUCAUCUUUUCUCCUACCCAGUCAAGAUGGGGAGCUCGAUACACAACACGGCGGGAGUGAGAGCGUCUCAUCGGAUUUUGCUUUGCCUAGGUGGCAGCCAGAUGCAGAAGUAACAUACUGCCCUAUCUGCCAAACGCAGUUCAGCAUCUUUGUUCGCAAGCACCAUUGCAGGUAGGUUAUAUCCCAACUCAAAUCGAGCUGUAUGAGAGUACUCACACCAGAUUAGAAAGUGUGGCCGGGUCGUUUGCAACUCUUGCUCCCCACACAGGAUUAUCAUACCACACCAAUACAUAGUUAGGCCUCCGGGAUCAGAGAUACCUAUACCACCUCAGACGUUGCUCACAGAUCAGCUUGGGCUUGGGUACUUUGAUGUCAACGGGAUACCUGGAGGGGAAAGAGUCCGGUUAUGCAACCCUUGCGUCCCUGACCCAAAUAUAGCCCCCCCGCAAGGCUUGUCCUCCUCUUCUUCAACGCCCCCUGUAGCGAACUUUCGCAGUUCUCAUUCAAGAUCAAGAAGCAGCAUAGGAAAUGCUUACGAUGCCGCCAUGUCCUCAAACAGUCGUCAUGGAAUGGCAUUUAAUGCUGGCCAACUCCAAGAUCCUUUCUCAUCUUUAUCCAGCCGUGCCUACCGUGCGAGAAGUGUGACAUUGGUAAGUGCCCCUUCAGUUACGUGACAUUGAAUCAGAUUAUUGACCAACGGCCGCCUCUAUCUAGAGUCCUGGAGCGCACUCAAGAGCUAGCAACUCCAGCCGCAGGAUCUCGCAUUCGUCUUCUAUUCGGUUCCCAGAAAGCAAUCUAUCAGGAGCCACAUCAUCCAAUUUGCCACAUCGGUACAGUUCAUUUGGAGAAGCUCGAGCAUCAUCUCGGCACCAUCGACAGCUGCCCCCACCCCCUCAAAUUGCAGAAGAAGAUGAAUGUCCGAUCUGCCAUCUUGAACUCCCAUCUCGAAGCCUAG